AUGAAACCAAACCUCACUGCUGGACUUUUUCUGAAUGGCCGGUCAUCUACUGCUGUACCAGUUACCGACCUCAUGCUGAAUGACACAGCAUUCUUGGAAUUAGGCACAGGUGUGAGAGAGAAUCAUAAAGAUUCUCAGCUUAGCACCAGCGAAGAAACAGACCAUGAAGAAGACAGGAUUACGGACAACCUCGACCCAUCCUCUCGGCCAUGUACGAAUUUCUUGACCACGCCAGGAAACAACAAAGAUACAAAUACAAGCGAAGCCGUUGACAAUGACUUCCAGGAAGGCUCCAACUCACCCAGUAGAACUAGUUCGGAAUCAUGUUAUGAAAGCCCAGGGACGAUGCUCAAGAAGCUCAUCAAGACUGGUGUCUUUGAUGGCACAGGCAUUCUAGAUAAGGAAACACAGCCAAGUCGCGUUCAUGGUGAUGGAAACAACAUGUUUGAGAAAUCGGAGCCGGCUGAGAUCCAUACAAGCCGAAGAGGGGGACUGAAGGCAAGCUGCACUAGAAAGAACCAGACUCUACUAGUAACAACGCAGCCUCCUUCGAACAACGCAAGGUCCAACCAGACUUGCAGCGAGAAUCACCUUAACAAAGCGAACGAUUCAUUGUGCUUUGGACAGCGAGAUGAGAGCUUGCCCCUCUACAUUGACAGCACCACGCAAGUAUACUCACCCGAUUUGGCAAAUCCAGUCGAUGCGGAAAACGGAAAGGGGCACGUCAUAAGUCAAGGUUCUAGGCACGACGACAAGACAGAAGACUCUACCACUAACAUCAGACGGCAGUCUGUAUCCAGAACUUCGGAAGGAGGUCACCAUUAUAUUCAAUGCGUUCAUACAGACAGUGCCCCAAGACCCGUGCCUACAAAUUUUGAAAGAGAUCAUGGGGAUUUUGAUUACCUUGUUGGCUCAAAAAACAUACUGAAUCCCGAACUUCAAAACGUGGAGCAGAACGUACAUGAUGCAUGGCAACGCUACGGUAUGGACAUUCCGAUACAGCAGUCGUCAGCUUAUCAGCAACCUUUUUGCUUUAUUCAUGGGCUCGACAUGCCAGCACCUUCUACGUCCUCCCAUGUACAAUUUCCAGAGGUAAACUACUCUAUCCAUGAUGGACAAGAGCACGAGGAGCCACAGCUCCAGGAGCAGCACUCAAGUCAUGGCAACGAAACAUUGCAAGAUUUCCUUGAAAGAAUUGACGAAAACCGGGAGAGACUAGACGAUCAAGCUGGUUGUUCUGCGGGCAGGAUGUGUGACAGCUACGGUGCGCCAGAUGCCGAAAUGCUUGCAUUCUGGAGGCCCAAUCGUUUCUAG